AUGGACGGUGAUGAUGAUUCGUGGGAGGUUCAGAACAGAAAAAAAAGAGGCGGAGGAGCAGGUGUCGCUGUCAACCAGAACAUUUCUAAAUUCUUCGUUACUAAUAUUCCUCAGGGAUGCCGACCUUGGGAUCUGGCUAACGCUUUCAGAGGUUUUGGGGAGAUCGCUGGUGCUUUCAUUGCCAAAAAGAAAGAUAAGGAAGGGAGAAUUUUUGGAUUUAUCAGCUUUAGAGGUGUUAGGGAUCAGGGAGAGUUGAAACACAAUCUGUCGAAUGUCAAACUGGGAGGUAACAAGUUGCUAGUUAACGUUGCCCGUUUUGCUAAGGAAAACGGUGACGUUAAGCCGGUUGCUUCGGUAGGGGGAGGUGUCAGGCCGAAGGGAACUGGGCAGGUGAAGUUCCAGGAGGGUGCUCCGAAGUCCUGGGGGAUGAAACCCGUUAAAGAGGGUGUUUCGUUCCUGGAUAUCCUCACGAACAGGACUCGUGCGGACUCCGAUGAUGAUGUGUUGGUGCUCGAUCCUGCCAUUUUCUCACUUUCUGGUCUGGCCGGGAGAGCCGUCAUUGGAAGAACGGUUGGUUUCCAUGAACUUAGAUCUUUAAAGUCCUCCCUUCUUCUAGCGGGUUUUGUGGGAGUGUCGAUUCAAUACCUUGGCGGUCUUUCUGUGUUGCUCUCAUUUGAGAACGGAGAUUUAUCCAAUAUUUUUCUUCAAGAUAAAGUUACGUGGAGCCGGUGGUUCUCUUCUGUGUCACCGUGGCGCGGUCAGCCGCUCUCUUAUGAGCGACUGGCUUGGGUUAUCAUUCAUGGUGUCCCACCUCAUCUCGUUUCAAGAAAGGUUUUUGAUUCGAUCGGUAGUAAGUAUGGAAAGGUUGUUCAACCAUCGCAAUUUCUCGAAACGGACGGAGAUAUUUCGUACGACCGACUGGGGAUUCUAAUAGACUCGGGCAACAGGAUUAAUGGCAUCCUUAAUCUGAGCUGGCAGGAUAAACGAUACAAGGUAUGGGUGGUUGAAGAAAUUGAUCAAUGGGUUCCCGAUUUUUUGGACGACGAAGAAGGUUCGUUGGCAGCCUCUUCGGAGUUGGGUGGCUCGUCGACUUUCCCGGCGGCUGGGGAGUCUAGUGUAAAGGAAUUCGAACAGUUUGUGGAGUCAACCAAGGUGGAAGUCGAAAAGAGAACGGUUAACCUUGAUUGCCCAAAGGACAUGGGUGUCCCCAUGCAGAACACAAGCGGCGGUUAUGUUUCCAAGAAUUUGGGUGAUCAGUCUGUUGGGGAUGUGGGCCAGCAUAUCUUUGUCGCCAACUGUGUUCAGGAGGGGGAGAAGGGCAAAAGUGAUUCUUUUAAUUUUAAUAUUGGGAGGCCCAAUACUGCCAAGCCCAUCAAAGUCAAGAGAGCUUUUUUAAAAAAUACAAACAGGCCCGUUAACAGGAAUUCAGAGGUUGGUGUUGUUUCUGAGGUGUCAAGGCCCAAAAAACGUACCAGGUCUUCUCUUGAUGGGGGAUGUAGCUCUAGGAGUCAGGUGAGAGCUGGGGGAUACGAUGGCGAUGGUCCUGACAAAGGCUUCGAACAAUUUCACUUUGAUUUGAAUAACAAGUUUCCGUCUGAGGUUAAUGACUCUGUUGAGCCAAUUGUGAAUCAAGUGGGUGAGGUCGAAUCUUCGGUUGGGGAAGAAGGAGGUGUCAGUCCCAAGGAAGCCGGAGUUUCUGAUUCGCCGGAAGUGGACAAGGAAGUUUCGGUCACUGUUGGUAUCAGCUGUAGGAUCGGAAUCGAUGUCUCCGGUCAUCAGGAGCUUAUCAGGAAAUCUAUUAAUUCAGGUAUUAAUGCGGUUCAAUUAUGA